AGUGCAUGUGUGGUAAAAAGGCACACAAAGAGGUUGCUGAAGGGGAUAAGAUUAUUGUGUUGCUGCUUGUUAAGGCAGAUUCAUACCAUUUUAUUGCAUUGAAAUAAACAAUGGCCUCAGCAUCAGCAUCAGCAACUCUUCUCAAGUCAUCCCCAGUUCUUGACAAGUCUGAGUGGGUUAAAGGCCAAACACUUCGCCAAACUGCGGUGUCUCUUGCAAGAACCAACUCUGCCACCCCAUCACCAUCAGCACUCACCAUCAGAGCUGGUUCCUAUGCCGAUGAGCUCGUCAAGACCGCGAAAACUAUUGCUUCACCUGGGCGAGGGAUUUUGGCCAUGGAUGAGUCAAAUGCAACCUGUGGGAAGCGUUUGGCCUCAAUUGGGCUAGAGAACACUGAAGCUAACCGCCAAGCAUACCGUACCCUCCUUGUGGCAGCACCAGGCCUUGGUCAGUUCAUCUCCGGUGCCAUUCUCUUUGAGGAAACUCUCUACCAAUCCACCGUUGAUGGCAAGAAAAUUGUUGAUUUACUUAAAGAGCAAAGCAUUGUUCCUGGUAUCAAAGUCGACAAGGGUUUGGUGCCCUUGGCUGGUUCCAAUGAUGAGUCAUGGUGCCAAGGUUUGGAUGGUCUUGCCUCUCGCUCAGCCGCAUACUACCAGCAAGGUGCUCGUUUCGCCAAAUGGCGCACUGUUGUGAGCAUACCCAAUGGUCCCUCUGCUUUGGCUGUCAAGGAAGCAGCAUGGGGUUUGGCUCGCUAUGCAGCCAUUUCUCAGGACAAUGGCUUGGUCCCAAUUGUGGAGCCAGAGAUCUUGCUUGAUGGUGAACAUGGCAUUGACAGGACUUUUGAGGUAGCGAAAAAGGUUUGGGCUGAGGUUUUCUUCUACCUUGCUGAGAACAAUGUCCAGUUUGAGGGUAUCCUCCUUAAGCCUAGCAUGGUUACUCCUGGAGCUGAGUCCAAAGACAGGGCCUCUCCUCAAAAAGUUGCUGACUACACACUCAAGCUCCUUCACAGCAGAAUUCCCCCGGCCGUCCCCGGAAUUAUGUUCUUGUCAGGUGGACAAUCUGAGGUGGAAGCAACCCUCAACUUGAAUGCAAUGAACCAAUCUCCAAACCCAUGGCAUGUGUCCUUCUCAUAUGCCAGAGCCCUCCAAAACACUUGCUUGAAGACAUGGGGAGGCCGUCCGGAGAAUGUCAAGGCUGCUCAAGAUGCCCUCCUUUUCCGUGCCAAGUCCAACUCACUUGCUCAGCUUGGAAAGUACACCGGCGACGGCGAAUCUGAGGAAGCCAAGAAAGAGUUGUUUGUGAAGGGCUACUCCUACUAAGAUGUUGAGUGGUGAAUCUGAUAUAUAUAUACAUGUUCAGCAACAUAAUGUGGAGGGAAAGAUUGGAAUGGAAGACUGAUUUGUGUAAAAGUUGUAAUGUUCUAGUCUUGGAGACUAUUUUUGUUCAUGGAGACUGUUUUGCUCAUGAUUAAGUGCAACUCUACAACUUAAUAAGCCUUUUGCCAUAA